UCUUGUCCAUCACAAUGUUGUUAACAAACAUAUCUAUACAAAACCACAAAUAUAAAAUUAAAUAAUAUAUAAUAAAAAUCAAUAACAGACAAAACCAAAAACAAACGAUAUACAAAUCUACACAACAGCCUUUUCGGACAAGGGAUUAAAUGAAGGUUUUAUGUAAAUGUUUUUCUUAAACAAAACAAAAUUGCAAAAAAAAAAAAAAAUUCUAAACAACAAAAGCACAAAUUAGAAGACUAUAAAACAAACAGGUCACGUAUGGAAACAAUUUAGUAUUUUCUAAAAACUCAAAGCGAGCUAAACGUUAAAAAAAAACGCAAAUUUCUCAUAUUAUGGGUACCUCUUCAGUUCAACAAUGGAUGACAAAUGAAAUAGAACGUUUAUCCUCGAAAUGGCAACGUUAUAAACCCACUGGUUCGGGCUACAAUCGUAUACAAUCUGUGCGUCUUUCAAAAAGUGUAACGCAUAUGCUAAAUAAUCCUUUGCCGCCCGAAGAUCGUUUGGGAAAACCUUCCACGAGAAGAUUAUCACAAGGUGCUAAAGGUGUUUUAAGCUGUUCACCUUCCGAAUGGGAAGAAGUGCAUCCCAAUGUGAAUGUAAAUCGUCCUGGUUUACCCGAAGAUGAUGUGGAAAUACCACAACCCCAAACAUUUACCUACUAUCGAAAUUGUGCCACUAGGGUUACGUAAAACACAGCUUGUUUUAAAAUCUAAUAGUUAUUAUCGAUUUUGUUUGUUAUGAAUGCAUUUUUUUGUGGCAUUGUAAUCAAAUGAGAAAUAUAUACAUAGUAUAAGUGUUAGUUGGUAGUAGUUGCAAUUUAUUAAUUUAAUAUAUUUUUUUAACUAGA